AUGAACCACAUCUUUCGUCUAUUUAUAGACAAGUUUAUAGUGGUCUACCUUGAUAAUAUCUUAGUAUAUAGUUGCAAUUUAAGAGAGCACCUAGUAUACUUACGUCAGAUAUUAGAGAUAUUAAAAUGUCAUCAACUAUAUUUGAACCCUUCUAAAUGUACCUUUGCGAUGACGGAAGUAGAAUUUCUAGUUCAUAUGAUUGGAGGUGCGAAAGUACAAAUGGACCACAAAAAGGUGUCAACAAUCAAAGAUUGACCUCAACCAAACGGAGUGGCAGAGUUAAGAUCAUUCUUAGGGUUGGCUAAUUAUUAUUGUAAGUUUAUCAAGAGUUUUUCUCAUAUAGCAGCCCCAUUGACACAACUUUUGAAGAAAGAUCAGCGAUGA